UGUUUAUCUAUAUUUUAAAUUUUCAUUAAAAUUAUUGUAAUUUGCAAAAAUAAUUGUCCGAGCGUCAUCUUCGAAAAAUAGAAAUCAUUUAAUUAUCAUAUAAUGUGAUUUUAUUAACACAGAAAAUUCCGUAUUUUUUUACAGAUUGCAUAUUGAUAAUGAUUUAAUCUCAAUACUCUACAUGUGCUACAGGAUUUUCGGGAUAUAGGUAGAUUAAAUUUUCGAUAAACAAACAAAUAUGGACGCAUGCGGCAACCCAAUUCCUGGACCAUCAAAAGAGUUUAUAAAUAUAGAAACUGAUGAAUCUAAUUAUGACUUUACAUGGUUGGAAAAUGAGUUCAACAAUGAUGAUGCUAAUGAAGAUUUAAAAACUCCAACAAGUAUAGUUAAAAGUUUGAAUAAAAAUGACAGUUUUAAAAUUGAACAAAUUGAAACAAAUCCUAAUAUUCAAGAUUUUUUUGAAGAAAUUAAUUGCAUAGACUUUAAUCAAGAUAUUGUACAAAGUAAUUAUCCUUUUACAGAGUUAUUAGAACAAUGUAACAAAUUUAUUGAUAUUUUGGGCCGUAAUAUAGUUUAUUUAGAAGAAAUGAUUAUUGAAAUUAAUAAAAAUAUUGAAGUUUCAAAUAGAAAUGUAACCAAGGCUCUUAGUUGUAUAAAGUUUGAAAAAAAAAAUAUAUCUAAAGUUACAAUGAAACAUAUGAAAAUGAAAGCACACCUAGCAAACUUUUUUAAAAUUGGUUUAUUGAAUUGUCCACGGAAUCCUCAUCUUAUGGAGUUAUAUGAAACUGAAAGAUUAAUAUUAUCUUACAAUGGACGUUUUAUAUUAGAAGAAUGUGUUGAAAAAAAUCAAUGGAAUCAAGAGUUUAAAAAUAAAUUAGAAAAAGCAAUACAUGCUGAAGUAUUGAACAAACUAAAAAUUCCUAUGCUUGAACAGCACUUGCGUCUUGGUAUAGAUCGACACAAACAAGUUGAUCCAAUUAUGAAACAUAAAAUUGAAAUUGAAAUGUUAGAUCUAGAAAAAGAAUUAGAUAUUAUAUCUACAACACCAUUUAAGCAAUUAGUGCUUCAGUUUAUGGACUCAGAUGCAAAGUAUGAUUGGUUACAUAUUGCAAAAGAAAUUGAUAAACCGGAUUUACAAUGUCAAAGGUUUUGGAAUUUAAUUUUAAAACCUCAUAUAUCUAGAGCUAGAUGGACUAAAAGUGAGGAUGACAGUUUAAUUGAAAUUGCUGCAAAAAAUGAGGAAAAAAAUUGGCAAAAAAUAGCUGAUGAAUUAGCUACGAACCGCAAUGAGUUACAAUGUUUUGUUCAUUAUCAAAAAUAUAAGAAAAUGUUACAUACAAAAGGUAAAUGGUCAAAGCAAGAAGAUCUGAAACUUAUAGAUAUAAUUAAAGAAAACUCCGUGGAUAAUAUCAUCAAUUGGCAAAGAGUGUAUUUUGCUAUGCAAGAUAAUAAGAGAACUGUUGAUCAAAUCUAUAUCAGAUGGAUGCAAAGUUUGAAACCAGGCAUUAAGAAAGGGUUUCUGACUGAGAAUGAAAAAUUUAUUAUUAAAGAAGCUAAAAUCAAAAAUUUACCCCCAUCAAUAGUAUCAAUGAAUCUAACUAAUCGAACACCUGCACAAGUUCGUAAUGCUUAUCGUAGAAUUGUAUUAUAUGAUGAAGACAUUUAUAGAGGUGGUUGGACAAUUGAAGAAGAUAAAAUGUUAAUAAUUGCUGUAAAUUCCUGUGCACCUAAUGAAUUUAGUUGGACACAAUUAUCUCAACAGGUACCUGGGCGUAAUGCAGAACAAUGUCGUCAUAGAUUCAAAUUAAUUGAAAAAAAAUUAAAACUUAACCCAAAAUUGACUGUUGAAGACAUUCCACGACCAAUCCGAUCAUAUAGAUCCAAAAUAUCCUUUUUUCCAGAAGAUGAAUUAAAUGGAGAUUUACAGGAAAAAUUUAAACAGAAUCGCAAAUUGCUUAAAACAUCUAAUUUACCAUUGGAAACAAAUGCUGAUCGCAAGUUGAAGAAAGCAUACUUAGAAAAUAAGUUUGUUAUUAACAAUUGCAAUCUGUCUAGUAAAUGUGAUCUCUACAGACAUGUACUUGAUUACUUGGGAGCUAAGUUGGUUGUACCUAAAACGUUUGCCCAUAAAGAUGAUUUGAUUGAUGAUGGACUUAUGAGUAUGAUGACUUAUAUAUCAGAAGAGUGUCCCAUUAAUACAAUGCCAUUAGAUACCAGUAAUGUUAAGCAUGAUUUGUAUGACCCACUAAUGACCCACGAAGGAGUUCACAAUGUUUUAAGAACAAGUGAUAUUAUCAAUUCUGAUCUAAGUGAAAUAGAAGGUUUAUUAGACAUUAGAAUGAGGAAUUUUCCAAAUAAGCAACCAAAAGAAGGUAUUAAUACAAAUAGUUCUAUUAAAAAAAAGAAAGAUUCGCUAUUACCUCUACAGUCCAUUGGUUCUGUACCACCAAAUCAUGAGACAUUUAAAAUGUUGUAUACAUAUAUGAAUUCUUUAACUUCUAGUAUGAAAAUCGAUCACUGUAAAGAUUCAAGUAUGCAUUUUGAUUGGGAUGACAAAGAAUCAAUAAAAUUACAUAAACGCCUUGUCGCCAUGUUAAGGUUACCAGUAUUAUUUUCUAGUUUGGUACCAUACAAUACACCAAACAUAAAUAUAAUCGUAAAUACUGACGAAGUUAAUAAAGAAGAAAUAAAAAUAGAACCAUCUUCAAAUUAUUCUGAAAUUUCUAGAAAUACAUACUCUAAAAAUAAAAAAUAUAAUUUCAAUUUAAAAAAUAUUUUAUAAAAAUUAUGUUCUCAGAUUUUAUUAGAGAUAAUAUUAGUGAUACAAGUAUAUAAACAUAUAUUUUUGUAAAAUGGGCAUCAAAAGUGUGUAAAAUAUAAAAAUGUUUAUAUAAUUAAUAAUAUUAAACUAUUUGUUUUUAUAACAGUUUAAUUUGUUAAAAACAUACAAUUUUUACUGAUAAUUAGUGGUAAUAAUAUUAUGAAUUAUGAUCUCAAUGAAUUGAUUUUAAAGACUGAAAUUUGUAUUACUUUAAGUAUAUUUAACUUGAUAUGUACACAACAAUAAGUAAAAUGUAUAAAUGUAUUGAAUUAAAAUUAUUCAUUUAUGAUUAAUAUAUUAUACCUAUGUAAAUUUAAAAUCGACCUGUUAAGAUUAUUUUUGAUAAUUCAUAUAAAUAUUAUAAUCCUCAUAAAAUAACAUAAUGAUAAGUGAUCAUUCAAUUUGAAUAAUUAAAUCUAUAGAAUUGUGAAUUUCAAAAAGUGUAAUUAUUAAUUGUAUAUUUUUAUAUUAUUUUCUUAUUUUGUAAUUAACUAGGCAAUAAAUAUUAGAGAUAUGUGCUGUAAAUUUUACCAACUUUUUUUUACUAGUAAAUUAUUUUUUAUCAACAAAAAAUAUUUUGUGGCCCUUCUAAUCAAAUGCAAUCAAAAAUGCCUUUUCUAGUAUUGUAAAGAGUAUGGACUAAAAUCUUAUCUUAUCUUUGAAAGAGUACAACAUAAAUUCCUAAAAUAUGCAGCAUUUAUUUUAAGUAUCGACCAUCCCACCAUCCACCUCAUGAUUAUAACCCAAUUUGAAAUAAGCUUGGUUUAUCAUCCUUAGUUGAUUGAAGUUGCUAACCUGAAAUUUCUCCGCCUACUAAUAGAUGGCUGUAUUGAUUCUCCUGUUAUACUUUCCAUGGUAAACUUUAAAGUCCCUUGCUCUUCUGUCGGUCAAAUUUAUCCAUUUUUUAUUCCAAAAUGGAACACCAAUUAUGUUGAAUCAGCCAAUCCUUAGAAUGAUGCUAUGGUAAAUAGUGAUCCAUCAUUUUUUAAGUAUUUGUUGUAUCUUUUAUUGUGUUAUUCAUCAUGUUUUUUAUUUAAGUAUAAUUAGAAUUGUCAUUGUUGUUAUUCAUUGUAAAAAUUUUAAUUAGUAUUAUCAUAUCAUGUAUAAUUAGGAUCAGCCCGUAUUGUUAUAAUAAAUACCUAAAUAAAUAAAUAAUUGGAUUCUGAACAAA